GUUCAGGAAGCAGCUCUGAGCUGUCCCUCUGACUGGACAGCCCCACCCAACCAAUCUGCAAAUUUGGCCAUGAGUUAGCUGCGACUUUCAAGCUCAGACAGACGAGACUUUUCUGUGUCCUAUUGGAGUGCAAGAUGGUCCUUAAAACUGAAGCGGAGGAUGUUCCUAGUGACCUAACUGAAGAAGAGCGUCAAGAGCUGGAGAACAUCCGGCGGAGGAAGCAGGAGCUGCUGGCCGACAUCCAGAGGCUAAAGGACGAGAUAGCAGAAGUCGCUAAUGAGAUUGAAAGCCUGGGAUCCACAGAAGAAAGGAAAAACAUGCAGAGGAACAAACAGGUAGCCAUGGGCAGAAAGAAAUUUAACAUGGACCCUAAAAAGGGCAUCCAGUUCUUGAUAGAGAAUGACCUGCUGAAAAACACCUGUGAAGACAUUGCCCAGUUCCUCUACAAGGGAGAAGGGCUCAACAAAACAGCCAUCGGUGACUACCUAGGGGAGAGAGAUGAGUUUAACAUCCAGGUCCUGCAUGCAUUUGUGGAGCUGCAUGAGUUCACGGACCUGAACCUCGUCCAGGCCCUGAGGCAGUUCCUGUGGAGCUUCCGGCUCCCUGGGGAGGCGCAGAAGAUCGACCGGAUGAUGGAGGCCUUCGCCCAGAGGUACUGCCAGUGCAACAGUGGGGUGUUCCAGUCCACAGACACUUGCUAUGUCCUCUCCUUUGCCAUCAUCAUGUUGAACACCAGCCUGCACAACCCCAACGUCAAAGACAAGCCCACCGUGGAGCGAUUCAUCGCUAUGAAUCGUGGCAUCAAUGAUGGGGGCGACCUGCCCGAGGAGCUGCUCCGGAAUUUAUAUGAGAGCAUAAAAAAUGAGCCCUUUAAGAUCCCAGAAGAUGACGGGAACGAUCUCACUCACACUUUCUUCAAUCCAGACCGAGAAGGCUGGCUACUGAAACUGGGUGGCAGGGUAAAGACCUGGAAGAGACGCUGGUUCAUUCUGACCGACAACUGCCUUUACUACUUUGAAUACACCACGGAUAAAGAGCCCCGUGGAAUUAUUCCUCUAGAAAACCUGAGUAUCCGGGAGGUGGAGGAUUCCAAAAAACCAAACUGCUUUGAGCUCUACAUCCCUGACAAUAAAGACCAAGUAAUCAAAGCCUGUAAGACUGAGGCCGAUGGGCGGGUGGUAGAAGGAAACCACACAGUGUACCGGAUUUCUGCUCCUACACCUGAAGAAAAGGAAGAGUGGAUUAAAUGUAUUAAAGCGGCCAUCAGCAGGGACCCUUUCUAUGAGAUGCUCGCAGCACGGAAAAAGAAGGUCUCCUCCACGAAGAGACACUGAGCACACUGCCAGGGGGUCGUCCAGCCUACAGAGCCGCGGCCUUUCUCCUGCCCUCCACUCCUGAGCACUGCAGAGCAGAGGGGUCCUGGCCAGCCCUGCCUGAGUUCUAGAGACUAGCUUCAGCUUUGCAUUUUUUUAAGGGGAGAAAGGGUGGGCAGUUGUCACUGGAAAGGGGACUGACACCCGCAAGCCCGGGCUCUCAGCCUUUCUCUCUGCUGAGGGGAGAUCCUGACACAGGACAGUGCACUCCUCCGCUCAGCAGCUCUGCAGCAGAGCUGGGAGAGCCCUGUGUACCUCGCAGUCACUCCUGCGCAGAGCCUUCCUCCCUGCACCGUGUACACUCUAUGUAUGCAUUAUUAUAUAGUAAGCGGAGAGGUGGAUAGGAAGAGAAGCCGCGUGCUAUAAAGAUCUAUUUUUGUUUUCUAAAAAGAAACAGAACACAGCUGCCCUGCCUGUUUGGGGGCCCCCUGGAGAAGGACUCCCAGGCUGACGCCUGCUCAAGAGUGCUGCCCAGUAGCCCGUCUGGGCGAGAGAGGGCUGGCACUGUGCAGCGAGCAGGGAGGCCUCUGUGGCGGAGGCAUGGGCAGCUCCCGCCCAAGUGCCUGCGGGCUGUAGGAGAGGAGGGGAGGGAACUGGCUGGACACCUCUGUCAUCUUUCUCCCUCAGAACCCAGGUCCUGCUGGGCUUUAACUAGAAAGUCAGCAUUUUCCUUGAGCUAAAUACCUAAUAACCAAAACUGUGAGGAGGUUAUCCCAACAGGUUCUGGGUGAUCUCACUGGUUCCUAUCUGGUUUUUCUUUCUCGUCCCCAAACUCCAUUCCUCGUUCUAGAGGAAGGAGAUCUUACCUGAUUCCCAUGGGGCUUCAGCUUUUUCUGCCUCAAAACGGGCCCUAAUGGGCCUCCCCUGGUGCGCUGUGUAGUGGCCUCCAGGGGGGCGGGGCCUGGUCUGCUCUGCAGGGGCAGUGGACCGAGAGGAAGGGUUGCUCUCCCUCCUCUCCCCUGCCCCUGCGUGUGCCUGUGAGUGGGCUGCCCCUCCUGUGCGGUGUGAAGGAGCCGCAAAACACAGCGUUCUCCUGCCGUUCUCUCAGGGACUCUCAAGGGCAGCUCCUGCCACAUGGCCAGGGCCAGCGUGCAGGGCCGGCAGAGCAGGUGGUGGCUGGCAACUCGGCAUACCCUCCACGUGUCCGGGUCGGGGCGUGCGGAGGGUCCUGGUCUCCACAGGCCAGUGGGCCGGCUCCUCUGACCCCACAGGAUAGGGGCAUCUCUGGAAAUAGCUUUGCAGAAGAGUGGAGGCAGGAGGAGGGCAGCAUUCUAACCCCUUCCUGUAGAUCCUGCCUGGAGCGGCUUCAGGCCUUCACCCGGAGCUUGUGAAGGUGGUGGAAGCGGGUCUGGGCUGGAAACCUGAGCUCUGGGGCCCAGAAGCAGAGCAGUGCCAGCCAGAGCACUGUAGCAGGCCCAGGCCCUUGCACUGGUUCUCACUAAUGUUUCCUGGACAGAGGCACCUGGAUCAGUAUUAGUCUAUUUAUCAGAGGUGUAAAUAAUCCAUGUAUAGUUUUUCUCCUUUAGAUUAUUUUGUAUUUGUUUUAAAAACUUUUUGUCAAAAUACAAAAUAUAAAGAAAUUUGUUGACAGGGUUUUUUAAAAAAUUAUAAUUAUUAUUCGGAUUGUUUUUGUUUGUUUUUUGCCUUGUAAACUAGCGCCAAGGAACUGCAGUAAAUAAACUCCAACUCUGCC